AUGUCGACAACAUCGAUAGCUAAUACAAACGAUGAAACUUUGCGUGAAGUAAUCGAAGCAACAGGUCGUUAUCGAUAUCAUAUUAAGUAUGAAGGCGUCAAAAUCAGUCAUAUGCUUCAUGUUCUUGUCGCUCAGCAUCAACUUGGAGCAUCGGAUAAUCGUCUACGAGAAAUUGCUGAUAUAUUAGGCGAAAAGUUGGAACCGGCUCAUACAAAAGAUCCAUCUCAUGAACCGAUCACCCAUGAUACAUGGCAAACUUUAAUGGGUAAACAAAUACGAUUUAUCGAAUUAGCUGAAUUUUUCGAUAAAGAAUUAGAUGAUCGUUUCAAUGGAGAUAAAAAAGCUUUACUUGUCGAAUAUUUACCUCAAUUGAUCGAUGGUAUGAGUGCAAUCGCCACUCAUGGUAUUAUUCAUCUUGGCUAUGCUUUACGAUCUCCAUCGAAACAAUCAAUUGCUGAUGCACUGGCUCUUAUGGUCUUUUCAUACAAAACACUUGGACAUAUGAAUGCUAAUAAACAUCAAAUAAUCGAAGACAAUGAAUCGUCUAUAGAUCCAUAUAUUGGAUGCAAUGAACUUGUUCAACUACUUAAAUUUGUACAAAAGGAUGCUGUUGAUUUAGCUUUGCGUGUAACUGAAGAAAGUGGUGGAAAAAGUUUAUACGGUUAUUUUUCACGUCAUAUGAGUGUGCUUCAUUCACAUCCAGAGAUGCAAGAGAAACUACAAACAUAUGCUCGUCGUAUAACAACUAUCGAACGUGUUCGUGAUAAUCAGUUGAUGGAUUUAUCUCAUGCUCUCUCAGUAGCUUGCCUACUUGCCUAUGAUGGUACAAUAUCUGAGCCUGACAAUUUUUUCCUUCUUCAUGGUGUGACUAGUUCAUGGGCACUUAGAGAAGUUCUUCGCUAUCUCAAAGAUGAGAUCAAUCCAACAUUACUACGAUCAAUACUCUACGCACAUGUAUUAACUAUAUUGGCCGUCUAUAUUAUUGAAGAUAUGCCCGAUAUUACGUUGAGAAAUGGACAAAUGCCAUUAUUCAAUAUACAUUCAGAUGACAACAACAAUAGUGAUUUGCCUAAUUGGUCGGACAUAAUCAAACUUGCCAUCGCUUCGGACGACGAUCAUCUUCCUAAACUUGUGUUCUCAUGCUAUGACGAUGAGGAACAUUACGGUGUACCUAUUCCCAAUAUUUAUCGAUUAACAUCAGCACGUAAAGUUGGUUUACUUGAAUGGAAUUGA